GGUAGCAGUUUUUUUUUAAUGACGUCAUGACGAUACGAAAGUGUGAGGGAACCAGGUGGAUUCUACCGACAAGUUCCCUUAAAAGACUACUGUCAGGUACUUUUGGGCGCAUUGCUGCUUAACUGAAAGUGAAGGUGGUUUUGGAGUUUGGCUUAAAUAAUGGAGUCUUCUGAAGACAGUAUAGAAACUAUCUUGAACAUCAAAGUAAAUAUCACUCGUGGAACCAACAUGCAUGGAAAAAAAGCAGGAAACCUCCAAAGUUAUCUCCGGGUGGAGGUCAACGGUGUGAUGGUGGGAGAGUCUGAAAGGAAGCCAGUGGACCCUGCCGCCCAGUACAUCGAGUAUGACUACGCCUGCAGCUUUGUCUGCUGCGAUGGUGUGCUGCCUCUCAGUGACAUCCCCCAUAAACCAGUCAUAGUGACCGUGAUAGAGCUUAUUCCUGAGAAGAAAAAGGUGGAGGCAAAAGUAAUAAUCCUUGGCCAGGCAGUGAUUGACCUCCUGCCGCUGCUGGAAGGGGAGUGUAGCUUCUCAUCCUCAGCUGCUGUGCAUGUAACAAAUGCCCCCGUAGAAAAAGGGGCUAUCCCAGGGGUCAACACUAAGCACCCGUUUCUGGAUGUGUCUGUGAGUGUGUCAGCUCCAAUACUGACCGAAGAAGAGCUUUCGAUUUCCAACCUAGCCAAGGUAGUUUUGGAGGCUGCCUACUCUCUCCCUGAAGCGUUCAGUCAGAGUUCUGGGCCUUCAGCCCCUCCAUACAUAUGCACUGCUGCAAUGGAGUUACCAACUACUGCUGAGAAAGAUCAGUUCUUAUUAUUCACUGAAGGCCAGCUGAAGCUGGGCGGGCACAGGGAAGAAGAUGGCAGACAGAUGAAGAGGCCGCACCAUGCCCUUCUGGCUCCAGGGAACCAAUUCCUGCCAGGAGCCUUUGUCCACACCCAACCUAUUGAUAUUGAAGAUGGCGAGCUUACUGGCUUAAAGGACCGUGAGUUCCGUAAUGAAGCGGAGACCUUGCUGAACAGAGUGACCUGGGAUAUAGAAAUGACCUGUUUUAUGGAUGCAAGCGGCGCUAACAGGCUGCGUCAGAAGAUCACAGAGAGCCGAUUCUGGCCGCUUGAGAUCAUGAAGUCGGGAGCUUCCAAUGACAAGCCGGGCGCCGCUUCCAGGAUGACAACAGAGGAGGAGCCACAGAUCCCCUCCCAUGGUGUGGCCUUUAUCGACUUGGGCCGUUUGCUGUAUCCAGGAAUUAGCCGUAUCCGAGGAGCGUACCAAAUUCAGCCCUACUCAACCACUUUGUUACUUCACAAGGCCAGGAAAGGUGUAAGUUUGUUAAAAGACUUUUCAAAGCCCGGAGGCAGCAAAGACCGCUCUGGCACAACUACAGGCUCUUCAAAGACAAAUGCGGGAAAGACCAAGGAUGCAAAGCCGUCGCAUGCUGUUAAGGGGUCUGUCAAUCAAAGUCUGACUGAUGUGAGCACAGUUGAUCUGAUUCCUCCAGAUAAAAAAGCCUAUUUGGACUCCAGAUCGUACAUUGUAAUUGACAUUUCCUUGAAGAAACCACUAGUGGCCAGAACAUCUUCAGAGGAGCUGGCAAGAAGGGUAAAAGCACUGAUCCCCCCAAGGCUACCUCCAGCAGGACCUAACCGAGCUGAAAGAGCAGUAUUAAACUUUCACAAGCAGGUGGGCAAUGUGGUGAAGCAUAUUUCGGAGCAGUACGAGGAGUUGUUUGGAGCAGGAUUCCAAGCAUCCAUGAGCUGCGACCAGGACCCAAUGAUGGCUCAGCUGAUGGGCGCUCUCAAUGUCUCCGGGAAAUACUUUGCCUUCAAGGAAAAACUGAAGCCUGCUGUGGUGAAGUUUGUGCGUGACAAGGUACAGCAGACGGAGUCCUUUACAGAGCAGCAGGAUCUGCAGGAGUUUGUCAGCAAGCUGUACGUGGACCUGGUGGAUGAGAUGCAUGUUGCUCUCAACAAAAUUUAUUCACGUGCCAUUGAGGAUGAUCCAAUUAAUGAGAUCCAUUUGAGCAUUUACCAUCUUACACAUUUUGCCCGAGAGGCUCAGCUCAUGAGGGAUUAUCCUCUGGCUGUUCGCUACUACCAGGAGUUGGUUGUGAGGGAGCCCCGUGAGCCCUCCCACAAGUUUGAGUGGGGGGGCCUCUACAUGCAAACCGGAGAAUACAUGACGGCGAAAAUGUGUUUCCACGAUGCCGUGGCUCUCCAGCAAACACACCUGCCCAGUCUGAUGAUGUGUGGCGUGCUGGCAGCGCUGUUUAAUGACUUUGAGCAAGCUGAGACUUUAUUGGAGCGAGCCACAAACAUAGAGCCUUUGGAUUUGGUGGCUUGGACCUUGCUGGGUCUGGUCCAAGACAGCCAGGGCAAAUCCAUCCUGGCUGAAAGGGCUUUCCUGGAGGCUAAAAAUCAUCUGAAAGCAAAAGAAGCCAAUAGUCAAACAAACAAGACGGAAGACACGGAUGUGGAUGAGGAAAGUGAAAAGCUGGUGGAACAGGAAGAGGAAAAGCCCGCUCCACCUCCCGUUCAGUCUCAGGCCAUCAAGCAAACUGACACUGACAGCGGUGACCAGGACACUUUGAUCAACACAGAGACGGAAGAAAGCAAUGUCAGCUCCAAAUCCAUCUUCACUGAGACUCUUGAGUUUCUGCUCCACAACUCUGCCCUGGAGAUGGCGGAGCUCGCGCUUUCCCAGGCGCUGUCUUCAGGGGGCGAUCACAGUUUUCAUCUGGCUCGCGUGCAGUUGCUCAGAGCUGACUAUUAUAACGCCGCCGUCACCAUCAGGGAUGCGCUACUUCAGGAAGAACCGGUUGCAGAUAUGUGGGCUCUAAAUGGACACUGUCACUACUUCUCCGGGUCGUUCGCUGAUGCGCAGGGGUGUUAUGAACGCAGCCUGGAAUUCCUGCAGCAGCCAUCAGACACCCACAUUGUGCUUCUGCGCCUGGGCUCCAUUUAUCUACAGGAAGAGAAGUUUGAGCAAGCAAAGUUGGCCUACGUCCGAGCCUGUGAAACAUCUCCCUCCUGCCUUACCUGGUUGGGCCUGGGUAUCUCCUGUUACCGGCGAGGGGAACUUAGUCUGGCUGAAGAAGCUUUGACGGAGGCCAACCACUUGAACAACCAGAACGCAGAGGUGUGGACCUACCUGUCUAUGAUCUGCCUCAGGUGUGACAGACUUGAGGAGGCGGAGUUGUUCUACAAACACGCUCUCAAGUUCAACUUGAAGAGCACCGAGCUUCAAAGGGAGGUAAAGGAGCUGCAGGAUCAGGCUCGGAUCGGUUCUCUGGCAUCAUGCUUCCAACCAUAUUCUUGACAUGUUGCUUUAAACCCUGGAAGCAAACGCAUUACCUGCUAAGAUCCAAAUAACAAGUGCAAAAUAGCCCAUGCAAAGUAAAAACUGAGUGUGCUGGUGAUCUACUAAGACUGCGUGUGUAAUUGAUAACCCUGUUUAAAUGAGGCGUUUGCGUGUAUAAUCGGCUGUCACCAUGGAGACACUCAUUUCCCUCCAUAUCCAUGACAUCAUAUGCUCCUACGGUCCAACCUGUGCUUUUUUUGUUAUGUUGUGGAAUAUGCAGCAAAUAUAAUAUAAACCACCUUUUUUAGAUAAAUAACCCAAGGUGCAUUCUGGGAGGCGCCGGUGUUGUGAUGGUGCGUCGGAAAUAAUCCAGACACUAAACAAUGCAUAUUGCAAGAGGGUUUUUGUUUCUUUAUUUAUUUAUUUUUUUACAAAGUAGGUACAGUACAGGCCAAAUGUUUGGACACACCUUCUCAUUCAAUGUGUUUUCUUUAUUAUCAUGACUAUUUACAUUGUCGAUUGUCACUGAAGGCAUCCAAACUAGGAAUGAACACACGUGGAGUUAUGUACUUAACAAAAAAAAGGUGAAAUAACUGAAAACAUGUUUUAUAUGCUAGAUUCUUCAAAAUAGCCACCCUUUGCUCUGAUUACUGUUUUGCACACUCUUGGCAUUCUCCCGAUGAGCUUCAAGAGGUAGUCGCCUGAAAAGGUUUUCCUAGUUUUGAUGCGUUCAGUGACAAUCUACAAUGUAAAUCAGGGGUGUCAAACUCAUUUUAAAUCGGGGGCCACAUGGAGAAAAAUCUACUCCUAAGUGGGCCGAACUGGUAAAAUCACGGCACGAUAACUUAAAAAUAAAGACAACUUCAGAUUGUUUUCUUUGUUUAAAAAUAGAACAAGUGUCAUAACGGAGGGGUCGCAGCUUACUGCAAGGUUUGUUCUCCCGGGAUGCAAACAGACUAUUCCGGACAAGGCUUGCAGGUAGGAACAUAUUUAUUAAUCUAACUACAAAAUAACAGGCAAAAACUCUCUAAGUGUGGCAUGAAAUAAACAAGACUUACAUAGAGGGUUGCGUGACAAUAGCGUGAAGCAACUAGCAUAAACUAUAGCAUAGCAAUAAACAAACAACUAACAUAACUAUGGCAUAAAACAACAUGAAACUAUGGCAUGAAACCAAUAACUAGCAUAACUAUAGAAUCAGACCUGAAACGAGCAAUGACGCCAGGCCGACUGACUGGCAAAGGCGGUUUAAAUAGUCUCUCGAUUAGAGCCAGGUGAGCGUCCGAACACCAGCGGCAGGUGAAAAUCAUAUGCCACCAUGGCAACCAAAACAGUGCACAAAAAACAGGAACUAGUAGAGUUAAACUAACAGAACAUAAUGAAAACAUGAUCCGGACCACGGAUCAUGACAACAAGCACCUUUUGAAAAUGUACAAAUCAUAAUGUUGUUGGGUUUUUUUACACUUACAUGUUGCGGUUAAUAGUAUUCUAUCUUUAUUUGUCGUUAUUUAUACUUUCUGAAUAAAUGAUGUGAUAAUGUUCAUCAGUCAACUCAUUGGUGUUUAUUUUCAAUCUAUCAAGAUAAAAAAAAAAAAUCAAAAUAAAAUUACAGGAUGUUAUUUAUGUAGUUUGCUCAUUUUCCUCGACUGAUGUGCUAAAACAUCAUGUGGUUUAUUUUGUACAUAUGUAACAUCAUCUACAAAGAUACAAAAAAGUGCUAUUGCGACAUGCAGUGGACACAUUUAGAACAGCUGUUUCUUUCAUUCAACAAUUUCAGGUAAAGUUUUAUCCUUAGCAAACUCAUCCCGCGGGCCGGAUAAAACCUGUUCGUGGGCCUGAUCCGGCCCUCGGGCCGUACGUUUGACACCCCUGAUGUAAAUAGUCAUGAAAAUAAAGAAAACACGUUGAAAUGAGGUGUGUGCAAAAGUUUGGCCUGUACUGUAUGUAAGAACACAACAUCAUUUGAAAUAUGAAUUUUUUUUGAUUCAGCCUCCUGAGUCAGUUAGCAGCUAUGAAAUUAUAAAAUAAUAUUGCUGAAUAGACAAUAUGCCUAAUCAUUUUUUAUUUCUGACAGCUGGAAUAUUCUCUCUCCAUUGCCUGUCUUCGCAGCUCAAUCGCCUCCUUUGUCGCGUUUUGCAUUUUGCAAGAACAUUCCAGAAGUGCCAAAUAUAGCCGUAAAACAGCGGCCGCAGAAUAUAUCCUUAUAAAUCUUUUGAUAAAUCACAUUGCGAGUGCAAAAUGAUUAUUUUUGCUUCUCCUUUCCCAUUUUCGUGGGUGUUCUAAUAAUCAGCAUAGUGGAUCAGUUUUGCGUGUACUGUCAAGUUUGCACGUGUCCUUAAUACACGGUUAACAUGUUGUUUUGCUCUGUAUUAUUCCUGAAUAAUCUCCAAUACUCCUGGCCUUAUGCGGACCAUUGCCCCAAAUUGGUGCCAUUCACUUGUUGUAACACUCUCAAAAUAAACUUGCAUUUCUGUAUUUUUUCAACUGUAAAUCUGAUACUACGCAUGUAUAGGACUACAAAACCGGUGAAGUUGGCCCGUUGUGUA